UCGCGGACCGGAAGCUGCGGAGCGGAAGAGGCGCCCGCCAGCAAGCGGGUGGAUGCGGCUUUCUUCGGAAGGGGUCGGGCGCCUUUUGCUCCGCCCCGCUCCCUAGCAGCCCAAAGCGGGUGAAGGGUCACGCCUGCGAGUUGUAGGUCAUGGCUGUAGCCGUGCGGCUCGGGCGCUUUCUCCCUUUGGGACGUAGCUCCGCCCCGGCACCUCGGCUCCACAGCUGUGCUGUCGGCAACCGCGGGCGGUGCGUUCCUUGGCGACUCCGCGGCUCUGAGGUGAUGGGAAACCCAGGAGCCUUCAAAAGAAGUCUUUUAUUCUCAGCCUUGUCUUAUUUGGGUUUUGAAACUUAUCAAGUCAUUUCCCAAGCUGCUGUGGUUCACGCCACAGCCAAAGUCUUCAGAAUUGAAGAAAUCCUCGAACAAGCAGACUACCUGUAUGAAAGUGGAGAAACAGAAAAACUUUAUCAGUUGCUAUCCCAGUACAAAGAGAGUGAAGAUGCAGAGUUACUGUGGCGUUUGGCACGGGCAUCACGUGAUAUAGCUCAACUUAGCGGAACCUCAGAAGAGGAGAAAAAGCUCUUGGUCUAUGAAGCCCUAGAGUAUGCAAAAAGAGCACUAGAAAAAAAUGAGUCAAGUUUUGCAGCUCAUAAGUGGUAUGCCAUCUGUAUUAGUGAUGUUGGAGAUUAUGAAGGCAUCAAGGCUAAAAUUGCAAAUUCCUACAUUAUCAAGGAGCAUUUUGAGGCUCUAGGCUACUUUCACAGAGCAGAGCAAGUGGAACCAAACUUCUACAGCAAAAACUUGCUUCUGUUAGGAAAGACGUAUUUGAAGCUACGUAACAAAAAGCUUGCUGCUUUCUGGCUAACAAAAGCCAAGGACUACCCAGUGCACACAGAGGAGGAUAAACAGCACUGACUUUCUGAAGAGGCCAGUCCAGUUGUCUUAGAUGGCCCAUCACUCCAGAAUGGCCUCACAGACCACAGUUAGAGACACACUGUUCCAUCUUAUUUUCAGGGACUCCAGUAACUGUAUGUGUAUUAGAUCUUUGCCUCUUAUAAUUAUCACUUUCUUUCUGAUUUUUCUAUUUACCUCUUUGUUUCAUUAUCUUGACUCUUUUCAUUUCCAUCUUUCAUGUCCCUUACUUUAUUUUUAAUUAUAUAUUUUCUUCCUUAGAUACCAUUUGUCUGCACUUGUGAGAUGUUUUUGUCUUCAACUUUUUCCCCUGGUUUCAGUUAGCAGGCAUUCUAUAUCUUCAUGUUGUUUGUCCAAAUCUGAGUCUUUUAAUUUGGAUUUUUCUUUCAUUUCUGCAAUUAUUUACUUAUGUUUAAUUAGUUACUAGUUUUUGUGUUAAAGAAUUUGUUUUUUUCUAUUUUCAGCAUUUUCACCUGAAAUUUCCUCAUUUUCA